CUCCUCUCUCAACGCUCUGCAAGGUCCGAAAAAAAUAUCAGUCAACUCGAAAUGUUAUUGCGUACCAACACAAUAUGUUGAGUGAAAAAAAAAAUUAAUUGAAAGUAUGCCAGUUUCUUUAUCAGCAAUGACAGAUAAAAUAAGGAGAAGAAUAUCAUACGUCAUCAACUUUGUGUUGCUUGGGCCACUAAGAUUUGGAAAUCUUACUGAUGCUGAAACGUCGGACGGAAGUACGUCAUCAACCGUUUCAUUUGCCUGUGGUUUCGCAAUUUUACUUAUCACCAUUAUAUAUUUGUCUUCUCCUGUUGCUGAUGACUUUUUAAACACCGACUCUAUUUGGGAACUUUUGGUGUCAUUGAUGGUCACAGGAACCCUUGCAACGGUUGUUCUUCUGAUUGGCAUCGUAUUUGGUCGUUCAUAUGACGUCGUACGACGACAGUUGAAAGACAAGUGUGUCGAACUAGAGAUAAAAUUUUUGUGGUUUUCUGGGAUAGGGGUACUUUUCCGUACUGGGAUAAAUUUGGCGAUUGAAUUUGAGUGCGUAAACAUUUCUUCAGGCUUUCGCGAGAUUUCGAAAAUAAUAUCUUCGUUCUUGAAGAUAAUGUUCAUGUUAGUCCAGAUGAUUUUCAUUACGUAUUUAAGGAAUAAGCGUUUAAUAGGAGGGUUAUUCAUCAACUUCUUAAUUGGAGGACUGUUUCUGGUUAACACUUGUAUAUGGGUCAAUUUUAUAACAGUAAAAAUAUUUUAUAUUUAUGCUUUUCAAAACGCUUCAUCUUCCGUGCUAGCUAAAAAUUUAUCAACAUGGGAUAAUUGCUACUGGCAUUCCGAGACGCACAAAAUAUCCCAAAGGCUUAGUUCUUUUCUUCUCACUGUUAGCACCUUGUUCUUUUUGUUAUCGACUAUGUUUCUCGUUCGUUUGUGGCCCUCCAUUCAAAGCACAACACAAAUGAGAAACCGAUGUGUUGUUAAUGAAGACGUGUCGAUAAACAGCGAUGGAAGAUCUAACACUGCAGACCAACUUAUUAAGUAUCGGAGGAAAGUCCGUAUCGUUUCCUCUCUUGUUGGAUUCCUAAUGAAUAGUCCGUUUUUUACGAUGGCUAUCUUAAUGAGGUGGGUGUACUUUGAUGAUAUCGUUCCCGUAAAGGUAGUCUGGGACGUGUUUGUUAUUCUUUGCCUGCCUAUAUUAAUACUCAUCAUCCUUGCUGGAAUACAAAACUUAAAUUUGAGUUGUCUUAAAAAAAUACCAUUUUCCACGUGGGACGUGAUUCUGAUGUUGUGCAUGGCGGGUAAUGUAGUUUUAAACAUUCUUGGAAUCACUUCAAUCUUCGUUUGUCACGUUGAUCGGUCAGUCACAAUUUUCAUCAAGAACGUGUUGGGCUUAGUCUUGACAUAUUAUCACACUGUGUACAUCAUUGUUGCUCAACGUACCCCCCUGUCCGUGUUUAGAGAAUCGACAUUAAAUCUCUCCAUCCAUGUUAUUCUGUUCUGUUCAUUUCUGGGACGCUGGACACUGCAAACCUUCCUCCUAACUUCUCAAGGAAUGUACAUUCUGAAGGAGGGAGAAAAAUGCUUGUUUCCUGAUGAAGAAUCCUGGCGUACGAUGCAGUAUUUUUUGAUACCUUUGAAUGCUUUUUAUGAUUUCCAAUCUUUUGUAUUUUAUUACGGUAAAAUAUGGUUUUAAAGUGAUUUCUUGUAUAAAAAUUUAGAAAACUUUCUCUCUUUGUAUAUUACUUUGUUAACUUAAAAUGCAAAGCUAAGCUUCUCAAGAUAUGUAGACAUUGGCGUUAUCUACGUUUCCUAAUUUUCUUACACGCCUUCUUAUUAUGAUUAAAUGAUUAACUUAUUAUG